CCAUUGAAAAGUAUGAGGGUUCUAUUAUCUCACUCAACAGUAAUCUUUGACAUCUGCAAUAUCUCGCCACUUUUUGAAUAAUUAUAUACCUAGUAGAAUGAUGUACCCAUAAUUUUAUCAAAGAUACUGUAUUGGCAGCCAAUUUAUUAUGAGAGAUCCUCGCCCGCAUGCAGACAAGCCAGAGCGAACGUCACUCGAAACCUAUGGCAAAGGCUUUGAAGAGUACUUGCAGAGCCCUUUACAACCACUGAAAGACAAUCUGGACUCAGCUACUUAUGAAGUAUUUGAGAAGGAUCCGGUCAAGUACAUAUCGUAUGAGAACGCAAUAGCAAAAGCACUGGUGGACAGAAUACCUGAGGAAUCCGUCAGUGACGUCACUUGUGUAGUGAUGGUGGUCGGAGCUGGUAGAGGACCCCUGGUCGAGGCCACUCUCAAGGCUGCCCAGACCUCUGGCAGGAAUAUCAGAGUGUAUGCAGUGGAGAAGAAUCCAGGAGCUGUCAACACGCUACUGAAUCGGCAAAGAGAUGAGUGGGGAGAGAAUGUUACAAUCGUUUCCUCCGACAUGAGACUAUGGACAGCACCCGAAAAGGCAGACAUCUUGGUCAGUGAACUGCUGGGGUCAUUUGGUGACAAUGAGCUCUCUCCAGAGUGUCUGGAUGGUGCACAGUCUUUCCUCAAGGGUGAUGGAGUGAGCAUUCCAUGUUCCUAUACUUCCCACCUCUCUCCUGUUUCUUCUGCCAAACUCCACUCUCUGGUCAGCUGUGCCAUUGACAAAGAGAAGGCCUACCCUCUUCACCAGUUCGACAUCCCAUCAGUAGUGUACAUGAGGAACAUGUACGAGAUAGCCCAGCCAAAAGUCUGCUUCACUUUCUUGCACCCUAACUGGAGUGUACCAGUUGACAACAGAAGGUAUAUUUGUCUCCGGUUUACCGCCAAAGAGUCAAUCACAAUGCAUGGAUUUGCCGGCUACUUUGACACUAAUCUUUACGACCACAUCAAACUGAGUAUUGAACCGACUACCUAUUCAGACGGCAUGAUCAGCUGGUUCCCCAUUUUCUUCCCUCUAGUGACCCCAGUGUACGUGAAGCAGGGAGGGGAGAUAGAGGUCCACAUGUGGAGGGUGUGCAAUAGCAAGAAGGUCUGGUACGAAUGGUGUCUCACUAAACCCAUCACAACCGCCAUUCAGAAUCCUAACGGACGAUCGUACUGGAUUGGACUGUAGAGACACAACACCGCCUCUGUAAUAAUAUUAUUAUUAUGAAUGCUAGGGCUUCUUUGUAUUAUAACCUAUUUAUCCUCACUAUAUAAUUUUUGAUUAUGAGUUUUAUAUAUAA